AUGACCACAAACAACACCGAACCAGACAUGCACUCCGUCCGAGAAGCAGACUACAUCCGCUUCAAACACUACGCCGCCCUAACCUUCCUCGUCGCCUCGCCUGUGCUCAUCGCCCUCCCCCCAAGAAAACUAGACCACCUCACCGUCCUCCUAGCAGGCGCCUUCUGCGUCUCCGCAAACCACCUCACCCGCGAACGCACAGGGCGCAGUAUCGUCGACCGCAUCGAGGCGCGCAUCACCUCCACCCCGUCGCUCGCCAUACCCGAUCUCCCCAGCCAGCGGGCGCAGGAAGUCCAGGCGAAACUGCGUGCGGCGCGGGAGGCGCAGAUCCGCGAGGGAGGGCUGGUGGGCGAGGAGCUGGAGAAGUUGAAGGCGAGGCAGGCGCAGGAGAAGGGGGUUGCGGAGCGGAUUUGGAUGGGUGGGGAGACGGAGGGGUGGAAGGAGCGGCGGCUGAGGGAGGAGCAGAAGGCGUUGGAAGAGGGGAAGGGGUAUGGGGAUUUGAUCAAGGAGCAUAUCUGGGAUGUGUGGACGUGGGGGCAGAAGGAUGGGGACAAGGAGGAGUCGAAAAAGGAAUAA